AAUGUUUAUGUAUCGAUUAGAUCGGCCGACGUCGAUUGGUCGAUUGUUUUUAUUUAACGACACUCGAUAAUUUCCGUUUGCAAUUGUUACAAGGAGAAUCUUUAUGAAAUAAGACGGUAAAAAAGAAAGAAUGUCAACGCUUGCCAAACUCACUUUCGCAACAUGUUGUCUAAUAUCUGUCAGUAUAAUAGGAUAUGUACAUUACAAACAACAAUACGACAGAGAAUUACUUCACGAGGGUGUAUUGCGAGAUAUCGAACGACAACAGCGCCGAAAAAUAGAGAAUAUCUAUAAUCUUCAACAACAAAUUGAAUUAACCAGAGAGUUGCGAAAACACGUUACGAGCGAGGGCAAUUCUUAAUCUACGUUUCUUCUCAAAUAUUAUUUAUGUUUCUAGUAAGAAUAAAACUUAUAAAAAGGUGUA